AUGCCCGAGGUCAUCGACCUGAUCGAUUCCACGCCCCCUCCUUCUCCUCCUCCAUCAACCCAGCCGCGCCCUCUGGCCGUGCGCCGCUCCCCCUCAAAACUGCUGCCCAGCUCACCGAAUUUCCUGUCCGAUGAGUUCGAUCCAUCGUCGUCCUUGUUCGUUUACGACGAGCUUGAACGCUCAGUCAAGAAGCGCAAAGUCACACCGGAAUUGCCGCCUGUGAAAGACAAGCUAUCGCCGCUUUCUCGGGUUGACCAAUUUGCAGCGAAGGAUGAAUCGUUUUUCACCUUCUCGGACGAUUUCGUCGACUCCCCCGCACUUCCUCCCCCGAGUAGGGGGGUUGCGGCAGUUAGUAGGAGUACCACAAUUAUAUCCACAAAGGCAACGACAGGCACGAUGAAAACGUACACAUGGGAAGGAGAAGAGUCCGAUCCCAUUGUCUUUACAUCUUCGGCACCUGAACGAACAACGACUAAGGAGCGACAGCAAUCGAGACUGGGGCAUAAAAACUCGGCCGCGAUUACGAUUGACGAUGACGACGACAUCCAGGAUUUUAGUGACCCUUUUACGUCGCGCGAUGACAUCUUGGAUAAGCUUUUGGAUGAACCGCAACCAACAUUGAAACGAGGGCUUUCGGAUCGAACAGCGUCUCUCCUGGCGAGUCUUAACGACACUACGUCCAAGACAAGUGGUGGUCCUGUACGAACUGGGAAGCGAAGUAAUACUUUUGAAUUCGACGAUUCGCUUUCAGAUAUACUCGAACAACCCAAAAAAGCCCCACAACCGAAAGCCAAGCCCAAAUUAAGCUUAGAGGAAAAGACAGCCAAGGCCAAAGAUCGCGAGGCAGCUCGAGCACAGCGUGAACGAGAAAAGGAGGCAGAGAAAGAAAAGAAACGUAUGCAGAAAGAAGAAAAGGCCAAGGAGAAGCAAUUGGCAGCAGAUAUCGCCGAGGUCAACAAAUCAAAGACGCACAAAAAGGAGUCCAUGCCGGAGAUGAUCGUCGACAUGUCCCAAUCUUUUGAGGAGACUAGUAUUGGGAAUCAGGUGGUGGAAUACGUGAAACAAUUAGGUGCUUCGCAUACUUUUUUUGAGAGUCGUAUACCAAAUGUCGUGAAAUGGCGUCGAAAAAAGAAAGCACAAUAUCUUGAAGACGCGGGCCGAUGGGAGCCAUGCCCGCUUCGCAUAGUACCGGAAAAAUACGUCUUGAUCAUGCUUACGGCUCAAGAAUUCGUCGACAUGGUUAUUGAUCCGUCGGGAGACACGUCAGGAAACUCGCAGACCCUUGAGCAGAAUGUACUGAAACUAAAACACGUCUACCCCGGCUGCAAUACGAUCUAUCUUAUCGAAAACCUAUCCGGCUGGAUGCGAAAGAAUAGCAACUCACGCAACAGAGCUUACCAAGCUGCGGUACUUCGGCAGAUGAACGAUACAAACCAGCUAGAUAACCCAUCUCAGGGUACGGAGAACUCUCAAGCCAACAAGUCCCGCAGAAAGAAAACCAAGAAACCCGAAGACACACCCCCCGUAGACGAUGACAUUAUCGAAGAUGCCCUGCUCCAGCUUCAAGUCACACACAAUUGUCUAAUCUACCACACCGCAUCUGCCGGCGAGACGGCCGAAUGGAUCAAAAACUUUAGCGAACACAUCUCAACGGUACCGUAUCGACACGUACAAAUGACCGAGCAUGACGGCGCAGCGUUCUGCAUGGAGACGGGCCAGGUCAAGACGGGCGAAGACAAAUCGGACACUUUUGUCAAGAUGCUGCAAGAAGUCACUCGCGUCACUGCCCCCAUGGCGUACGGCAUCAUUACAAAGUAUCCCAGUGUGGCAGACCUGGUCAAGGGCAUGAAGCGGCAUGGUCCAACUAUGUUGGAAGAUGUACGCAAGUCGGCAAAUAAGAACGGUACCCUCACGGAUUCGAGAAUUGGGCUUGCGGUUAGUAAACGGUUGUACAAGGUUUUUAUGGGCUUGGAUGAGGGGUCAGCGGAUGUUUGA